AUGGCGCCGCGCGUCCGGACGGCCGCAGCCGUUGCCAACGACGACGAUGCGGCGGCGGAGGAGGAGGGGGAGCCGGCAGCAGCCACGCGGCGGCGGCGGCGGCGGCGGUCCCAUCGCAAGUCGAGGGGCGGGUGCGCCGAGUGCAAGCGCCGCCACAUCCGGUGCGACGAGCAGCGCCCCGUGUGCGCCCACUGCACCGCCGGGCGCCGGGCCUGUCUGUUCCCCGCGCCGCCGCGGCCGCCGCCUCCCGGGGCGGGGCGGGGAACCGGCGGGGAGGGCCGCGAGGCGUUGGCGGCGGCGGACGGGGAAGGCCCCCGUCUCUCGGACGGCGCCGGCUUGGAUGGCGGGGAGCGGAGCGGGGCUCUCGGCUCGGCGCCGGUGCCCUCACCCGACACCUCGGCGUCGCAAGUCCCUCCUCCUCCAUAUUGGUCUCGUCACUGGCAGCAGCACCAGGAGCAGCAGCGGACAGGCCACGACAGCGCCUCGCCCGGCAACGGCCAAGCCCCGCCGCCGCCGCCGUACACGGCUCAGCAUCUCGUCCUGCUGCACCACGCGGCCACGGCCCUCGGCGACCACGCCCAGGCGCGCCGACAAGCCCGGCAGAUCGUCGACAUUGCCGUCCGCCACGCCGUCGACGCCCCCUAUCUCAUCGACCAGGUCCUCGCCCUGUCCGCCCUGCACCUCGCAACAGCCACUGCCAUGGCCAGCGGCAGCAGCAGCGGCGGCAGCAGCAGCAGCGCGAGGACACCAUCUCCGGCUUCGCCCGCACCCACACCCGUCGUCUCCCAGCCGCCGCCGCCGUCGUCGUCUUCCUCCCUCCUCCCGCAGGGCAUGACGACCCCAUCCGCCCUGCGGCACACGGCGACGGAGCUCCAGACGCGAGCCGUCGCCUGCUUCACCCGCCUCACGAGCACCGCCCAGAAUCAGCAGCAACAGCAGCAGCAGCAGCAACAGCAGCAGCAGCAGCAGCAACAGCAGGCCGGCGAGGCAACCGCCAGCUCCAUCCCGCGCUUCCUCUUCGCCAGCACCCUCAGCCUGCACGUGCUGGCCGAGGCCCUCGCCGACGUCGGCCGCCUGCCCUUCCACCGCUUCGUCGACGGCUUCGUCGACUGUCUGCGCCUGCACCACGGCGUCCGCGCCGUCAUCCGCCCGACCUGGGACCACCUGCUGGGCUCCGAGAUCGAGCCGCUGCUCAGCAUCACCCGCGCCGCCCACGCCCGCGCCGCCGCCCGACAAGACGCCUCCGACCCCGCCGCCCGCCGCGACGAGUGCCGCCCCCUGGCCUCCCUCCUCGACGCCUCCGACCUCGGCCCCUCGACCCUCGCCGCCUGCCGCGACGCCGUCGCCACCCUGCAGUGGGCUUUUGACCUCUACGCCAACCUCGACGACGACGUCGCCGGCGGGCCCCACGCCGUCUCGGCCUUUUGCGUCACCGUCAGCCUGGACUAUGUCGACGCCCUGCAGCGCCACCAGCCCGAGGCCCUCGUCAUCCUCGCCCACUGCGCCGUCCUGCUGCACCGAUGCCGCGCCCUUUGGAUCUUUGGCGACGCCGGCGCCGCCAUGAUCCGCGCCAUUGGCCACCACCUCGGCGGCUACUGGGCCGACGCCAUGGCGUGGCCGCUGCAGCUUGUCAGCGAGGACAACGGCUGA